ACAGCACAUUCCCUGCAGUCAUCCCCACACCUCUGCCCCACGCGGUGCUCAGUGCAGAGCCGCGCAGUGCCUGCAGGACCGGCUGCGUUGCGCCCCACAAACUGGUUUGGCACUGGUUUGUCACCAUCCAGACUGGCCGUUGUGAAGGAGCCCUGAGCCCGAGCUCACCCACACCGAUGCCAUGGAGGGGGCUCUGCCCACGCUCCCCCCAGAGCUGACAACGCCGGGGCUGAAGAAGGCUCACCCCCCCGUGCCCCAUGAAGCAGCCAACACGGCCGUCAUCGCAGUGGUCAUCACGUUGGUGUUCCUCACCCUGCUGACGGUGCUGGUGGUCAUCAUUGUCUACCUGUACAGAAACAAGGGCAGCUACCUCACCUACGAGCAGCCGGCGGCCGAGGCGGACGCGGCCGUGCAGAUGGAGGAUGACCCAUGCAAAGAGAAAGAGGAAUAUUUCAUAUAGGGUCCAUCUCACGUCGCCUGAACCUCUGUCCGACCUUCUGGCAGCUUUCCUUUUCUUUUUUUUCUCUGUAAUUUAUUAAUUAAGGCAGAGGAAGGUGAAGCCCAGGCGUGCCGCCGCCUGCCUGCAGCUCCGCGCCCCAUCCCCUCCCUUGGGUGCCUUCAAUACAACCCAGUGACAAACACCCCAAGAAUUGCCGUUGUUUUUCCUCCUCUCGAGACACAAUCGAGCCAUUCUGCUCGGGGUUCAGCAAGCAGGGUCAUUAGCACGGUGGGGUCAUUAGCAUGGCUAAUUGGGAGGCGAAGGUCGGACGCGCAACGGGGCAGGCGAUGCGGUCCAGCGCCUCCCCAAACAGUGCACCCAAACACAGCUCUGCCCCCCCCCCCCCCACCCCAAAUUCCGCCCUUCAGAACCCCAACCCUCCUCGUGAGCAGCUCCUCCUCCUUCACAUCACGGCCCAAACUGAAGCCGGAGGAGGAGGAAGUUUGCAAAACUGAAAGCAAAGGGGAAGCGCUGCAGCAACGCUACGGCACAGGACGGGCGGAAGCCACCGCGGGGCUGUGGGGGGGGGUGGGGGGGUGGUGAUGUAAAUGCAUUCCUGCAUUCAAAUUUUCAAAAUAAGUCUUUAUUCUACUCGGUUUUGUUUUUUUUUUUUUUUUCCUUUUUUUUUUUUUUAGUAUAAAAAAAAAAAAUCCACAAGUUAAGUGCACCACAGUGUAUAACAGAGAGACGGAACGCGGAUCUUCCUUUUAACAGUCGGUCGGUGGCUGAACACAACACAGAGGGGACGCGGAUUUACACCCAACUGAAACCUCCAGAUAAAAUAUAGGUGAAGUCUG